GUUUGGGGGUGUUGCUUAUUGAGACCUGUUUUUACAAUCAGAUAAUCGACAAUAACAAAAAGCAUUGUUUGCAUGUGUAUAAAUUAUAAUUGACAGUUUAAUUGUCAAAAGAGGAAAAAAAAUUGUUGAAAUGUCGUCAAUAAACAGUGCUGAUUCACUUGGUACAAUACAAUGGGACAUGCUUGAAUUGGCUGGUCAUUUAAGACUGGAGCGUCUUUUUGUUAAUUCAGAAAAACAAAAUCUUAAAGAACUAAAUAGAAAGGUGCUGUAUAUAUCAUCAGAUUUAGCACAACAAGCAUGGAUAACUGAUCAACAACGUGUUAAUUUAAAUCGUUUAAUUGUUGCACGUGCAGAUUGUACACCAGCAUCAUGUUGUCAACGUGCAAAUACACUUGAAAAUUGUCAUUUUGUUGAUGCAUAUAAACAUUUACGACAUCAAGCAUGUAGUUCAUACGGUGAAUUUCUUGAUAAUAUACGUAAAUCACCAGAAUUAAUAGCAUCAUGUCUUGUUGAAGCUGAUAGAAUAUCACCAGAAACAGUACAAAAUAUAAUACAAUCAUUAUCAGCUGGUCUUUAUGGUAGUUGUUUAAUGCCAGAAGAUAAAUUAUUUGUAUUAAAAUUAUUACGACAAUUGAUGUAUUUACAAAUAAUACCAUCAGAUAAUCCACGUCGUUUAUUACGACAUGGUACAUGUGCAUUUUCACGUUUUUAUUCUGUAUUUCAUGAAAAUUUAUUCUCAGCAAAAUUAUAUUUAACAGCAGCAUUACAUAAUCCAAUAACACAAUUACUAAUGGAAGAUGAAAAAUUUUUGGAUAUUGAUCCAGAUAAAGCAUCAAUUAGAUUUCCACCAUCUGAAAAAUUGAAACGUUUUGGUAAAGAAGGAACACAAGAAUAUCAUAAUAAACUACAAAAAUAUCGUUUAUGGACAAUUAAUUCAUUAGUAAGAAUAACACAAAGAUUUAUCACAAGUAUACGUGAUAAUAUACAUUGUUUUCCAACAAGUAUAUGUUGGAUUGUACGACAAAUGGCAAAUUUAUUAAGUAAAAAUAAUAACAUUGAACCUAAAGAAAUACAUGCAAUGUGUACUGAUCUUGUAUUUACAUAUUUUAUAUGUCCAGCAAUUGUUAAUCCAGAACCAUAUGGUAUAACUGAUGCACCAAUAAGUUAUAUUGCAAGAUUUAAUUUAAUGCAAGUUGGACAAAUAUUACAAAUGUUAUCAUUAAUGAAAUAUCAAACAGUUGAUCAAAAAGUUAUUGAUUUAUAUAAAAGAUUUGAUAAAGAUUCAAUAUCAUCAAUUAUUGAUGCAAUGCUUGAUGGAACAAAUGAUGAACAACUUGAUGAUGAACCAAGUAUUAUUGAUAAUACAAAGUUACAAGGUUUAUGUAGAUCUGCUGCAUUAUUAACUGAAAAUGAAUUAAAUUCAUUAGUUAAUUUUUUUCAUGUUAUUAAUAAUAAUAAUAAUGACGAUGAUGAUGCUAAUGAUAACGAUGAUGAAAGUAAUAAUGAUGAUGCAAGUAAUGAUGAUGACGAUGACGAUGAUGUUGAUGAACAAUUAGAUAAUAAUAAUAAUUUAUUAAAUCGUAAAAAAUUAAAUGAAUUAUUAUCACAAUUACCAGCUGGUUCUGUGAGUUCAAAUAAAAUUAUUAUUAAUAAUAAUAAUAGUAAUAGUAAUAAUAAUACAUCACCAGAAACACCAAGUAAACGUGGUGGAUUAUUACGUAAAGUUAGUCGUGGACGUGGUAGUAGAGUAUCAUCAUCAUCAUCAUCAAGUGUACCAGAUGGAGCUGAAGAUAAUAAUAAUAAUAUUAAUAAUAGUAGUAGUGGAUCAACUGGUGGUACAUCUUGUGGUAAUGAUGAUGAUUUUAUUGAUAAAAAAAUACCUCAAGAUGUACUUGUAAUACCAUUUUCACCGACAAUUGGUGAAUCAGUUGGUUUAUUGAGUGAACAAAAAGUACUAUGUAUGGAUAUUAAAAAUAAUAUUGAUAAUUCAAAUCAAGUUACAUUAACAUUACCAAAAAAUAUACAAAUUAUUAAUAAUCAACAACAACAAGAUAGACAAUUAAUUGUUAAUGAUAGAAUUGAAACACAAGAAAAACGUACACGUUUUUCAUUAUCACAUGAUGAAAUAUUAUUUGAAGGUUCAAUUGGUAAUACAUCUGAUAAUUUAGAAGCUGUUUCUGAGGCAGCAUCAAAUCAUAGUGUUGCAUCAUCACUUGAACUUGAAACAGAAGAUCAAAAUGAUAAUUUAUCUGAUAUGGUAUCAGCAAAUGUAUCUGGUAGAGGUUCACCAAAUAUAUCUGGACGUGAUACACCAUCAUCACAAUUAACUGAAGGUGGUGAUGAUAAUCGUGUUGUUGUUGGUGGUAUUGAUGUACGUCAACAUGAUUUACCAACACCAACAAUUGCUGAAAAACAAUCACGCUCUGAAAUUGAUGAUAAAUUUUGUAAAUUUGAAAUUAAAAAAUUAAUUGAAGGUGAUGAAACAAUAUCACUUGUAUCAGAUACAUGGUCAACAGAUGUAUUAGGUUCUGAUAGUGAAUUUAUUGAAGUACAAGAUAGAUAUCAAUAUUCACAACCAUCUGUAUUACAAGUUGUUGAUAUUAAUAAUUGUUUAAUUGAUAUUAAUGAAACAGCAUCUGAUGCAUGGAGUACAGAUGUACUUGCUAGUGAUUCAGAACGUUUAACUGAAGUUGAUACUGAUGAUACAUCAAGUGUUGCUAGAUCAGAUGAUACUGCUAGAUCAGAAAUUGAAAGUCGUGGUGAACCAGAAGGUAGUGGUGCUAGUGCUAGUGGUAGUGGUAUUAAUUGUAAUAAUAUUAAUUAUUUACAAGAAACAAGAAAUUUACCAAUUGGUACAAUUGUUGAUGGUGCUGGUAUGUUAUUUCGUACAAUACGUGAAGAACCAAUUGGACGUUCAUCAAUAAUAACAAUACCAUCAUCACCAACAGCAUCAGCAUCAUCAACAUCAUCAGCAAAUGUUACUGGACGUGGUGGUACAAGAUCAGAUUAUCAAAGAAGUACAAUGGAAUAUGUUGACAACAAUUCAAAUGGCAUUUCUGACAAUACAGAUUAUACCAAUAAAAAAGAUGCUGCUACUGGUACAAGUAGAGCUACAAGAGUCAAUGAUAAUAACAAUGUUAUUGAUGAUGGUAUAUCAAAUUUAAUUGAUAAAUUACAAAUUGAUAAUAAUAAUAAAUCAAAUUUCAGUAAUGGUAAUCAAUUAAUUACCACAAAUACCACUACAAUUACUACUACCACCACCACCACUAACACAACCACUGCUACAAAUUUAUCAUUGACUAAUAAAAAUCAUACUACAACUAAAAAUGAUGAUGUUGAUAAUGCAAAUGAUGUUAUUGUACGUUUAAGUACAGCAAGUUUAACAUCAAGCAGUAGUUUUGGUUCAGAUACUAAAAUUAAAAAUACAACAACUACAUCAAUGACAUCAACAACACCAGAACGUCAACGUCCAAUUACAAAUGGCUCAAAUGAUAUCACUAAUAAUAGUAAUAAUAAUAAUACAAUUUUAUUAUCAUCUUCAUCAUCAACAACAAAUAAACCAAGUAUAUCAAGUGGUGCAAUACCAAAAAGCAUAAGUUUUGAUAUGACAGCAACACGUGGUGAUAAAGAAUUACUGGAUGAUGAUCAAAAAAAUAAAAGAGGUUUUUUUAGUAAAUUUAAAAUGUCAUUAAAAAAUAGAAGAGGUAAAUCACCAAGAGGUAUAAGUGAUGAUUUAAUUGGUAAUCGUUGUUAUGAUAAUAAUAAUAAUAAUGAUAAUAAUAAUGAUAUUAAUAGACAUAGAUUACGUAGAAUAAUGUCUGAAGAUACAACAGCAACAUCAUCAUCAUCAACAACAUCAAUGAAUAAUUUUAAUGACAGUACUGAUGAUAUAUUAGCAAAAUAUCGUAGAAAACCAAGUGUAACAAGUGAUACAGCAUCUGUUGAAAGUAAUCAAUCACGUACAAAAGAAGCUGAAGAUGAAAGAUUAAUGAUUGAUCAAAAUAAUAUUGAAUUAUCAUUUGCAUUUAAUGAUGCUAAAAGAAAAUUACGUAUGGUAUUAAGUACUGCUGAUUUACAACAAAUACCAUGGUUUAUAUCAAAUGAAAGAAAUAAUAUUAUACAAAAAGAUAAUGAGCUAAUAACAUUUUUACAAUUACAAUUAUCUGAAGCAAUUAAUUUACAAGAUCGUCCAUUAAUUGCACGUUUACAUGAAACAUUAAGAUGUGUUAGAUUAUUUAAUGAUGAAGGAUGUAAAAAAUUAUUUUUAUCAUUAAAAGAUGAUUAUCAAAAAAGAUCACCAUAUAUUGCAUAUUUAAUAAGAUGUAAACAAGGAUUAUUAUCAACAUUAGCACAUUUAGAAAGACUUGGUGAACGUGUUAAAUGUGAUCGUGAUGCUGUUAAUAGUCAUUUAGUUGCAUUAUGUGUACAUGUUUAUCUUGAAAAACGUGAAAAUCAAAUAUUAAAAUUUUGUGAUGAAUUUCAAAAACUUGAAGUAUCUGAUGAAAAACAAGAUUUUGUUGAUAAUUUUUUACUUAAAAUUAAUUCUGAUAUGGAAAUUGAUGCAAUAUGGCAAUCAGCAAGUGAUGGACAACUUGAAUUAGCUAGAAUGGUUGUUGAAAGAACAGUUAUGGCUAGAAUAUAUCAAUAUGCAUUAUAUCCAAAUGGUGAUGGUGAUGUUAAUAGAGAUCAAUUAUUAUAUGAUCAUAUUAAAAAAUUAUCUAAAAUAGUAACACCAAAUCAUAAAGAUUUAAAAAUAACAAAAAUUUAUCAUUAUGAGUGUCCAUGGCCAUCAGCACAAGCUGAACUUGCUGUUAUAUCAGCAUAUAAAACACCAAGAGAUAAAUUACAAUGUGUUUUUCGUUGUGCAACAACAAUUAUGAAUUUAUUAUCAAUGGCAUCUGAAAGAAGAACACCAGCUGCUGAUGAUUUAAUGCCUGUCCUUGUGUAUGUCAUCAUUAAGACAAAUCCACCAUCGCUAUUGUCAACUGUUCAAUACGUUGACAGUUUCUAUGGAAAUCGUCUUGAAGGAGAAGAACAAUAUUGGUGGACCCAAUUUUACUCAGCAAUUGAAUUCAUCAAGACAAUGGAUUAAAUUACGUAAAUAUUUUUCAUAUUUUCAUUUAUUAUUAUUUCUAUUUUUAUCUACUAUAUAACUUUAUUAUUUUAUUAUUUAAUUAAGUAUAAAGAAAAAAAAAAAAGACAUAGAAAUUCAACAAGAUUAAAUUGAUGAAAUUAAAUUAUUAUUUUUUAAAUUCAAUUAUCAGAUAUAUAAAAAUAAUUAAUGUUUUUUUUUUUCCUUUUGACUUUUAUAAAAUAUAAAAAAUAUAUUUUUUUUAAUAUUUAAUUUAAAACUAUAUAAUGCACGUUAUUUAAAAUUAUUGUUAAUAUUAAUAACAAUAAUCAUGCUUAUUAAUAAACAAAUGAAAAAAAAUUAAAUAUAUUUAAUCAAUAAUUAUUUUUUCUAAUUAUUAUUAUAAUAACAAAGAAAAAAAAAGAAAAAACAACAAAAAAAAAUUAUUUUAUAUUAUUUAACAAUUAAUAAUAAUGAAAAAAAAUAGUAAUAAUUUUUGCCAUAAGUUUAUCAAAUAUUACACGUAAAUUUUUUUGUUUAAAAAUUUUUAUUGAACGUUUAAAUAUUAUUAAUAUUAUUUCAAAAAUAAUUAACCAAACAAUUAUGUCUUUUGAGUCUUUUUUUUCGUUGUAGUAAAUUUUCAUUUUUUUUCUGUUGAUAAGAAAUAAAAUAUAAUAAAAAUUUAUAAAUUAAUCAGCGUUGGCAUAAAUAUAUAAAAGCGCAUAAUAAUAUGAAUCCCAAAAUAUUUUGCAAUAUAUAUAUUUAUAUAUAAAAUAUAUAGCAUAUAUUUUUUUAUAGUCAAAAAUAAUAAUCAUUAAUGAAUUAAAAAUAUCAAUUAUUGUAUAACUUGCACAGUAAACAUGAUAAUUAUUUGCACCAUUUAAUGAAUAAAUUAUUGAAGAAAAAAAAAAGGGUAAAAAAAUAUUAAUAAAUGGUUCAACUGUAUACGGUAAAAAUAAAUAUAUUUUUUAUUUAUCAUUUAUUCAAGUAUUUAUUAUUCCGUUGAAUAUUAAUUUAUUAAAAUCAACAUUAUAAAAAACAUUACCGAUUUUUUGUACCUGGAUAAUUAAAAAAUUUAACAAAUGAUAAAUAUUUAAAAGACAAUCUCAAAGGACAAAAAAAAUAAUGAAAUAUUAAUUUUAAUAAUAAGCCAAUUAUGCAGAAUAUAUUAUUAACUUUUCCAGUGUUAAUUUCAGAAUAAAUUAUUUUUUUUUUUUUGUAAGUUUCAUCAGUUACAACGAAGAAUUUUUUAUAUAAAAAAAUUAGUUAUAUACUUGACAAUUUAUUUUUAUUUAUUUUUAUUGAUAAUUUAAAUUACUGUGUAUUAAUUAAAUAAAAUAUUGGAAUAAUUAACAGAGGCUUGUUGAGUCGAUAUUUUUAUUAAAUAUUGAAUCGAUAUUUGCAGGAGUAUAUAUGUAUUUUAAAUAAAUAAAUACAGGGAAAUAAUAAAACAUCUAUUUAAUUGUGUUUGUUUAUUAAAAAUAUAAUAUUCCUACUGAAUUACAAAUAUCAAUUUAAAAAUAUAUAAAUAUUAUUUUAUAAAGAAAAAAAGUAUAAUAUCUAAAUAUAUAAUUAUUGUUAGGCAAUAUUACUCAUUGAAAAAAAAAAAAAAAAAA